GAAUGACGGUGAUGCGCAGGCGCUGGUUCCGCAUCUCCACGCCCUGGUCGGGGUCCUGCAUGCUCACGACCACCCGCUCCAUCUGAGCGAAGGGGGGCCUUGAGGGGCUGUUCCGGCCGGCCUCCCCCCACCCCCACAUCCUGAUUCCCCGCAACGGGCCGGGAUGCCCGGGAUCGUCCUCCUGACUGACAAGGAGGGGAGACAGCUGCCCCCUGACGAGGCACUGGAUGAGGCUGUGCCUGAGUACCGGGCCCCAGGGAGGAAGAGCCUCCAGGAGAUCCAGCAGCUGGACCCGGAUGAUGAGAGCCUGGCCAAGUACAAGCAGGCACUGCUGGGGCCCCUGCCCCCCGUCACGGACCUGAGCCUGCCCAAUGUGCAGGUGACCAGGCUGACGCUGAUGUCUGAGCAGGCUCCAGGGCCCAUCACCAUGGACCUCACAGGGGAGCUGGCCGAGCUGAAAAACCAGGUGUUUGUCCUGAAGGAGGGUGUUGAUUACAAAGUGAAGAUUACCUUCAAGGUCAAUAAGGAGAUCGUCAGUGGCCUCAAGUGUCUGCAUCACACCUACCGCCAGGGCCUGCGUGUGGACAAGGCCGUGUACAUGGUGGGCAGUUACGGCCCAAGUGCCCAGGAGUAUGAGUUUGUGACCCCGGUGGAGGAAGUGCCUCGAGGAGUGUUGGUGCGGGGUGCUUAUGUGGUCACGUCCUUCUUCACGGAUGAUGACAGGACAGACCACCUGUCCUGGGAGUGGGGCCUCCACAUCUGCCAAGACUGGAAGAGCUGAACGCCUCCCACCCCAGGGGCUGUCCUCCCACUCGGGGUCCUGCUUUUCCCUGCCCCUCAGUCACUGAUCACACCCCCCACAUCCUCUGCUCCGUCCUGGGAUGCCCCCUCCCUGGGCUGGCACUGUGCCCCAGACAGUCCUAUUAAAGUCGCCUUGUCUCAGUGC